AUGAGUACACGAAGUCUAUAUCAUCAGGCACAAGAGUACAGAGUACAGGGUGUAACAUAUAGACCAGAGGUAACCCAGUCUAUUUGGAACUUUCUUGCGCGACAAGUCAACCAGGAAAAUGUUACCCACAUAGCCAAAGAGUUAAAACAGUAUAACGUUUCAAUAACUUUAGCGGAUGAUGAAGGGAAGUUUCUUAUUCGUGGCACCAACGAAGGAAUUAAACAAUGUAAACAGCGUUUAUCAGAACUUGCUGCAUUAAUUGUUGAACGAGAGAAGAAGCUUGAAUAUCCAGGGAUAAAAAAUCUGUUUUUUGAUCAGGUCGGAAAGCAGCAGUUGGAAAUGAUUGAAAACGAAAUGAGAAUCGAUAUUAGGAGUGUUUCCUGCAGUGCAGAAAAGAUCUCAAACGAGCCCGUUUUCUUACCAAGAACAAAUUCCCUUUCAUUGCCAAAUUCCCAGAGCUCGGUCUACAAUAUAUGCAAGUUUACUACUGAAGAGGGAAUGAAAGUCACCUGGACAUAUGGUAGCAUUGAAAAUGAAACGGCUGAUGUGUUGGUAAACUCCGCACGGUCAAAUCUUAACCAUCCUACCGCAUGUGGCCAAGUUUUAAUGGAUCGUGGUGGACCAUAUUAUAAAGAAGCGUGUAGACCUCACACAAACAUACCACCGGGAGACAUCGUAGUAACUGAAAGUGGCACGCUUUUGUCUAAGUAUGUUGUCCAUGCCGUUUGCCGAAAAUUAGUUUCAUUUCAGGAACCGUUAUCAGCAUUUGAGUUUAUAAAAGGGCUUGUGCGCAAAAUUCUUGAAAAAUGUGAGGAGAUAGGGGCGUCUUCGCUCGCAAUUCCAUUGAUCGGUGCAGGUCAGCUUGGUUUUCCUGAAGAAUCUGUUUUGAAAGUAAUCAAAUCUCAAGCACAAGAACUUAGCGACAGAAGAAGAGAUCAGCUUAAAUUACAAAGUAUUUGCGUGAUUGUGUUCCAGCCAGUCCCGUUACCAACCAAACCGCAAAUCUCCAAUGUAAUCACGUUCAGAGAAGUCGGUAUUACCCUUCUUGGCGGAACAGUAGAACAUUAUCAAGCAGACAGCUUGAUAAACUUCUCCCCAACAGAUAUAAGGGUCUCAACUAAAAGCUCCCGAUGUUCAAACACCCGACAAAGUGAAGAUACAAUGAAACAACCUCCCGGUACGUGCUCAUCAGAGAAUCGUGCGCUGACAAGCAUGUAA